AGCUUUUUCGGCACUGGCACUUUUCUGCACUAGCAGCUAGUUGGCGCGUGCUUAAGGCGGACACGCGCAGUGCGUCUGACUGCUGGCAUGUCUGCCGCGAACCAGAAGAACGUUAUUGGCGCCGUGGCUGCCGCAGUGCUGGUGGCCCGUCUCAAGGACGCCCGCUUGGUUCCGAGGCUGAUCUUGGAGCCCGACGGCUCCGUGGGUGGCACCGUCAAGAUUUGGACCUCGGCUCUCCAUCUACGGGUACGAGAAGGUCGUGGCAGCAAUUCUUCGGAGGCUCGGCUUGACGAAGGUACCCUCGACGCUGGCGGCGAUGCUCAGCCUCUUCUCGAUCCUCCGCAGCGCCCAGAAGGCCAAGGGGAGAAAGUUCUCCGACGAGCUCUCCGCGCUGCUGAAGCCCGGCGUCGACUUCCUCGGCAAGUGGAUGGGGCUCUUCCUGGCGCCUCCGCUCGUGUCCCUGGACGCCUCCAUCGCGGCGCUGCCGCCCUACCAAGGCGCCGUCUGGGGCAACGCCGUCGCGCUGCUCUCCACGGGCUGGGCGGCGACCCACUCGGCCGCCGCAGCGGUGGCCUCCAGCCUGGUGCCCCAGCGCCCCGCGGCUCCCAAGGCGGGAGCGGCGGCGGCGGCGGCGCCUGCCGCCGGCGGCGCAGCCGUCGGGGCCGCAGAGGCGGUGCCCCAGGAGGAGGCCGUGCGGCGCGCCUGGGUCUUCUUGGGGGCGCUCGGCUACCUCGGGGUCUCUUGCUCGCCCCUGCUGCCUCCGGUCCUCCACAGGCCGGUCGGGAUGCUCUGCGAGCUGAGCACCACGGUGGGCUCCAUAGCCCUGUCCAAGCUGCUGCCCGGGUCGGUGACGAAGGUGCUCCACCCGCUGGUGAUCUGUGCGGUGUCCUCCAACAUGGCCUCGCGCUUCGCGGGCUCGGCGGCUCCCUACCGGGACGGCGGGCGCGGAGUGGGAGAUCGUCUGUUCCAGUGGCUUCCAGCCGCCGUCACAGGUCUGGGCGUCAGGAUGUACAACACCACCGACAAGUGGCUCGACAGCCCAGAUGAUUUCAAGUGCGUGCUGGCAACCUGUGGCGCAUCGGGCUGCUUCUCCAUCCUCCUCACUACGGCGGGCGCGCUCUCCCAGCACUCGCCGCUGAGCGUGCCCGCCCCGCUUGCGCUGCCGAUGCUCCACCGCUCGGUCAUGUCCGCGCUGGGCAUUGAAGGCUCGAUGGCCAUCGGCCCAGAGUGCGAUCCGCAGCUGGCUGUCGCCUCCAUCCUCAUCACCGGGUGCAUCGGCGCCUCCCUGGGAAACACCUUGCUCCGCGCCGUGCCGCAGGUCUUCUGCGCGGAUUCCGCGCUGGUGCGAGGCGUCGCCAUGGGAUGCUCCGCGCACUCCAUCGGCACGGCCGGGCUGAUCUCCGAGGGCGACACCGACGCGGCGGCCAUCUCCGGCGCCUCGAUGUGCCUCGCGGGCACCAUGCACACGCUGGUGCUCUCCCUGCCGGGCGUCGUGCCCAUCAUUCGUGCAGUGGCUCGGCUCCCCGCGGCGGCGUGACGACGCGGCGGCCAUCUCGGGCGACGCGAUGUGCCUUGCGGGCGCCAUGCACACGCUGGUGGCUCGGCUGCCCGCGGCGGCGUGAGGGCGGCUAUAAUUCGGGGCCGGACCUCGGCGUGGCCCUUCUCAUCCAUUCGCUUGGCCAGUCCUUUCUUAUGUCGGUUCGCCUGUCUGCCCCUCACAUGGCCCCUGCCUGCGUUCCCCACCCAGGUCCCCCUUUCCAUCACUCCAACUGGCCACGUCCGUCACUCCCCUCCUCCGCGCACGUCUGUUUUUCAACGCCCCCCACCUGCCGCAUCGCGGGUCCGCUUGGUGGACUUGUUGCAGGCUUCGAUUUUAAUUUCUCCGGAAGAACUGGAUAUCGUAUGUGUGGGCGAAUCGGCGGGCAUGGCUCAAUAGCCAGCGUGGCUGCUAUCGCCGCUUCCAUGUGCACUCGCGGCGGCGCUGACAAACAAGUCAAGCGUGUGCCCCCGGGAAGCUCGAGCGUGCACCCCGCGGCUCGCCCUUGCGACGCUGAGCUUUCAUACAGACAUGAUCUCUGUCGGGCGUACUGCCCGUGCGCGCAGGGCGGAAGAAAACAAA